AAGACAACUCGUUUUGGCAGUCGCUUAGUCUUCAGGCAGAGACACACACGUUGCUCUUUAGGAUUUAUUACCGAGCACAACUUGGAACAGGCACUCAAAUAUCAGAGUAGCCACAGUGUUGCUUGAAAGGAGCACAGCUGAGAGCACUGAGGACUGUGAGCAGAGCCUUCUGAUCCAAAAUAUACCAAGAUGAAGGUGAUGAAGUCGAAAGUGACAGAUAAAUCUGCCGAAGGGCAGAAGGUGGAAGGUGCUGGGGGUGCUAUGGAAAAGCCCCACCACAAAAAAGUCAAGAAAUUCAGAUCAAAAGUCCCCGGAGUUAUGAUCACGCAGUAUGUGGAGGAAAUACCAGAGGGGAAAAGCCACCCUGACUUCACACGCAAGCCCAUCGCAUUAACUAUUCAGGAGGGCAAGUUCGGGGUGUUCAAAGCCAUUGUGUAUGGUGAACCUACACCCAACGUGACAUGGAACCGAGCAAAUGGAAAGAUAGACGAUCCAGCGAAGUUCCAGAGCAAGUAUGACGAGGCGUCUGGUGAACACACCCUAGAGAUCCCCAAAGUAUGUGCAGAAGAUGCCGACACCUACAAAUGCUUUGCAACAAAUGAGUAUGGAAAGGCUGUUUGCACUAUCCAGCUGAAUGUCAUUGAAGUUGGAUUCAAAAAGACGAAGGAAUUAGCCAAGUCCAAAGAAGAACAAGAAGCAGUCAAACCUGGGUCUUUUAGAACAAUGUUGAAGAAGCGCAGGGGAGAUGCCCAUGAGCAAAAGCCACUCGAAUCUGAAGAGAAAGUUUGGGAGAUCCUGAUGAGUGCCGACAAGAAAGAUUAUGAACAAAUCUGUGCUGAGUACGGCAUCACUAAUUUUCGUGGGAUGCUGACAAAACUGGCUGAAAUGAAAAAGGAGAGAGAGGUUGAACAGGCACAGUUUAUUGAACAUAUCAGUUCGCUCAAACACAUCGAAGUCAAUGCUGAUGAAAAUGCAACGUUUGAAAUUGACAUGGAUCUUAAAGAUGCCAGCAGCAGAAUUUUCCUCUACAAGGAUGGUGUUAUGGUUCCUUACACCGUUGAGAUGGAAGAAGAAAUGAAGCACCAACUGAAACGAGUUGGCAAAAAAUUCAUUUUCACGAUCAAAAAUCUAGACCCGGAAGAUGCUGGUCUCUAUUCAGUGGAUGUAGAGGGAGUUAAUAUCUUCUCUACGGAUUUCAAAAUUCCACCUGUAAAUUUUGCGGUCAAAAUUCAGGAGGUGAAGGCAGAAGAAAGACAAGAUGCCAUCUUUCAGUGUGUCUUAACGGCACCUAUGGCUGAGAUUAAUUGGAUGGGCAAGAGUGCCCCGAUAGAAAAUGAUGACAAAUUUGAAAUCACAGUGUCUGAAGACAAGCUCAUCCACAAGUUGUUAGUGAAGGAUUGUCAGCCUUUGGACGCUGGUAUCUACGCAGCUGUGGCAGGUAUCCAUUCCUGCAAUGCCUGGCUUGUGGUGGAAGUUGACAAGAACCCUGCGAACAAAGGCAAGAAGAUAGCUCGCAAAACAACCCAGGCUGGAGGAGGUGAUUUGGAUCUGGAGAAAAUAGCAAAGGAGCAGGCGGAAAAACACAAGAAAGACAUGGAAGAGAGGUUGGCGGAAGCAAAGAUAAAGGCUGCCGAGAGAGGCGUCACUGACGCAGCCACCCAGGCUGAGAAAGAGGCCGCUGAUGCAGCCUCCAAAGCCGCCAGAGAGGCAGCAAGGGCUGCGGAAGCUAAGGCUAAGGCUAAGGCAGAGAAAAAAGCUGCUAAAUUAAAAGAUGCUAAGGAGAAAGCAAAGGCAAAGAAGAAGGCCUCAGGUGGUGGAUCUGCAGGAGGUGGGGCUGCAGGUGCAGGAGCUGCAGGUGCUGCAGGUGCUGGUGCUGCAGGUGCUGGGGCUGCAGGUGUUGGAUCUGCAGGUGUUGGGGCUGCAGGUGGUGGGGCUGCAGGUGUUGGGGCUGCAGGUGGUGGUGCUGCAGGUGGUGGUGCUGCAGGAGGUGGGGCUGCAGGUGGUGGAGCUGCAGGGGCUGAGGGAGAUGCUGGAUCUGGAUCGGACUACGAUGACAUAGUAGUAAGCACAGAUGAGUCUGAUGAGGAAGAUGGAGCCACAAAAACAAAGCGUGUGAGAAGCGGCCAAGUUGUUCCAGACACGUUCAUAGAUGAUGAUGAGGAAGCUUCAAGUGAGCAAUCGGGGAAACGUGGGAAACGCACAAGGCAAGGCCCACUGCUCAAGGAAGAGAUUGUUGGAAAGACAAAUAGUAAUGGCACAGCCAAAGAUGCCAAAGUCCAAAAAAGAAAGGCAAAGAGCGGAGGUGGUGCUGCCGGGCAAGCAAGCGGUGGUGCGUCUGCCAACAAUGGUGAGGCUGCAAGUGGCGAUGAGGCUUCAAGUGCCGAUGAGGCCAACGAGCCAGCAGAAGCUGCUAAGCGUGGCAAGCGCACAGGCCGCACAAGGCCAGGCCCAAUUCUUCAGGAGACGGUCAUUGACCCUGGCGUUCACUUCAACCUUGGGCUUUCUGACGUCACCGCCAUAGUGGGAGGCCCGGCCGAACUUGUCUGUAAGCUGAGCAAGGAAAAUGUCGAUGGGGUAUGGUACCUGAAUGGAGAGGAGAUUCAACCCGAUGAUGUUCUUACCAUGUCUAAAGAUGGAUUCUUCCAAUCCCUGAAAAUCAGCAAAAUCUCAGAGGACUAUGCUGGAAAAUACAAAUUUGAGGCAGAUGGGCGUAAAACAGAGGCCAUGAUUGUUGUUGAAGAUCCACCUAGAUUCGACACAGAGGAAUUGAAAAAGUUUACUGUCCCAAUCAUUACUAAAAAAGGUCAAAAAGCCACUUUCAAGAUACCAUUUGUGGGUCGGGAUCCAAUGAAGAUCCAAUGGUACCAUGACGGCGAGGAGCUAUCAGACGACACAAACAUCAAGAUAGAGCACGGAGAGGGUUAUAGUCAACUAACUCUUAACAAGUUACAGCGCAAAGACACUGGAGAAAUCAAGUUCAAACUCAAAAAUGAGUUUGGAACUGUUGAGGCCUUUGCGAAGAUCAUUGUAACUGACAAGCCCACCCCUCCCUUGGGACCUCUGGAGAUUAUUGAAGCCUCUCAAAAUGCCAUUGAGGUGAAGUGGAGGUCCCCAAAGGAUGAUGGUGGCUGUAAGAUACUAAACUACAUCCUGGAACGUCAACAGAUAGGCCGCAACACCUGGAAGAAGCUGGGUCCGAUCGGUCCAGAGGCCCACUACAAGGACAGUGAUGUGGACCAUGGCAGGAGGUACUGUUACAAAAUCAGGGCCGACACUGAGAUGGGCAGCAGUGAGUUGAUGGAGACAGAGGAUGUCCAGGCUGGCACAAAAGCAUACGCUGGACCCCCUUCUGCACCCAAAGUGGUCAGUGCCUUCAAGGACUGUAUCACUCUGACAUGGAAUCCCCCUUCCAACACUGGAGGAACCAACAUUCUGGGAUAUAACAUGGAGAAACGCAAGAAGGGAAGCAAUCUUUGGAGCCCUGUCAAUCCUGCAGAUGAUAAGAUUAAAGAGAAGGAGUUUGGUGUGAAGGACGUGAUAGAGGGUAUGGAAUACGAAUUCCGUGUGGCAGCUAUCAACAACUCUGGAGCUGGUGAAUUUGGCACUCCGUCUGAGUUUGUGUUUGCCAGGGAUCCAAAAAAGCCCCCCGGUAAAGUCAUUGACCUGAAGGUGACAGACUCCACCUACACCACCUUGUCCCUGGGUUGGACUAAACCAAGGGAGAAAGCGGGGGUUGAGGAUGAAGCCAAGGGAUUCUUCGUGGAGAUUAGACCAGCAGAAAGUCCAGAGUGGGACCGCUGUAACAAUAACCCCAUCAACAUGACCUCCUUCACAGUGAAAGGCAUGAAGUCAAUGGCAAUGUACUGGGUGAGAGUGAUCGCCACCAAUGACGGGGGAGAAGGCAAGCCGCAAGAGCUGGACAACUACAUCCUGGCUAUGCCUCCCCCUGUCAGGCCUAGAUUCACUGAUCAAAAAGUCAAGAGUUUCAUGGUGGUACAAGCAGGGAAUUCUGCACGAUUCAACAUGAACUUUGAGGCCUCCCCUUGGCCAGAUGUUACCUGGAUGAAGGAUGGCAUGCCUGUGUCCAAACGGGUUACCAUCAGUAAUGCUGAAGGGGCAUCCCAACUUUUGAUUCCUUCUUCAGAGCGCUCAGAUACAGGAAUCUAUACCAUUAUGGUCAAGAAUAUCGUUGGCCAGGAGACAUUCAGCAUUGAGAUCAGAGUUACAGACGAGCCCAAACCUCCAGGUCCUGUGGAGGUAGAUGAGAACGUACCGGGCACAGUUACCAUCUCCUGGUCACCAUCUCCCGAUGAGAAGAGGGAUGACAGGCUGCACUACCUGGUGUCGAAACGUGACUCAAGCAAGAGAACGUGGCACACAGUGGCAGACCACAUCUUUAACAACAAGUUCACAGCCUGUAACAUCAUGCCUGGCAGAGAGUACCAGUUUCGUGUCUAUGCCAAGAAUGACAUGGGCUCUUCUCAACCCUCAGAAUCACCAAAGUGGGAAAUCACAAGCAAAAAAGAAAGGUUUGUGCUGGACAGGCCAGAGACUAAGACCUGCAACCUAGAGCGUCCUCCCAAGUUCCUUGUCCCGUUGAAAAUGCACACCGCACCACAAGGUUAUGAGUGCUACAUGAGCUGUGCUGUCAGAGGGGACCCAACACCCCAUGUCACAUGGUACCGUAAUAAUAUCAGCCUCAACACCAACACCAACUACCUAAUCUCCAACACCUGUGGGGUCUGCUCCAUGCUCAUACUGAGGGUUGGACCCAAGGACACUGGAGAGUACAAAAUCAUCGCAGAGAACCACCUGGGCAGGGCAGAGUGUUCCACUAAGCUCACUGUCUCAGAUUAGAUUGCCAUUAAAAAGAAGACAAUCAUGCCCUUAUUUUUUUUCAAAUAGCCAAAAGGAAAACUUCAUCCAAAAACGAUAUGUUAGUAUUUGUUUCAUUAGCCCAUUGUUGACAUAGUCCCAUAUUAUUUUGCUUAUAAACAAUCAGGUUUUCAAGAUAUUCAACUUUCAAAAUACAGAUAUCAUCCUCCGUAUGAUUAAUUUUGUAUCAUAUGAUGCUGCUUUUUGUAUCUCAUGAUGCAAAAUGCAUCAUACAGGGUUGAUUUCUGUAUUUUGAAUGUGACAUAUCUUGAAAAUUUGAUUGCUGACAACCAAAAUAGUUUAGGACUAUGUCAACAAUGGGCGAAUGAAACAAAUACAAAAACAUAGUUUUGGGGUGGAAUUUUCCUUUCACAGAAGUCCUCUGUUGUUUUCCACUUCUGUGUAGAAAUGACAUUUGUAUAUUUUAAGUUCAGUGUUCCCUGUAUCACAUUUUACAUAAGACUAUUCUACAUUCUGGGUGCUGCAUAUGUUUGAAGAUCUCAGGUUGAGUACAAUACAAUGCAUCACUCUUUGAAUUAAGGCGAGACCAUUAUGUAACGUAACAACAGUGUUCAAUAAUCAAAGCAGCCUAAAAGCAAGUCAUGAAUAGUGUUGUGUUUGUGUUUUUGUUUUUUUCUCAAAGUGAAAUAUUGGUAUAGGAAAGAUGAUUGGAAAUUGAAAUGAUGCAUGUUGCUCUUGUUUUCAGUGGCUUUUGAGUAAAUUUGAUUUAGAAAAUGAACAGUAAAAACAAGCAGAGAGAGAGAGAUCAAGGUUUACUGGCGCAAACAUUCAAAUGAGAACUGCAAAUGCGUGGCUGUGUUUCAUUAACUUCAAAGGUAAUUACUCAUUUGUGAAAUGUGUUUUGCUGUGAAAUGUGAAAUGUGUAAUGCUGAAUUGCCCAUUUUUUUCUUUGAAAACUAGAAUAAAUAUUUGUUGUCUAUAGUGUUUGUUUUUGUCUUUAAUGAUUAAACUAAAUGUAAAAUGUUUAAUAUAAUAGAACUUAAUCAAUCUACUAUCUUCAACUAAUCACAAUGUAGAAGUAAAACAUACAAUGGAUCUGAAUGGUGUGUUGUAAAAGAGAUAUUUUUAUGUUGGCUACGCUAUUUACAAGAGCUUGGUGUAAAUACAUAUUUCAAGCUCAUAUGAUGUAGGAAGUUUGAAUUCGAAAUGUUUGAACAGGAGAGUCAAUUAAAAUCAGUGAUUAUUCGUUUAA